AUGGCACCACCACAGUACAUCCCCCCAGAUAGUCCUUGGGGCUACAAGAGAAAGGCAUUUUACUAUGCGGAUCGCAUCAACGAGAUGUUCCACGAUAUGAAGAGCCGUGGGCGCUUCAUCGAUAAAGACGAAGAGACGCUUUUCAACAGUCGAUACGAUGAGUGUAUCGACGAGAUGGAAAAGAAGUAUGGAGAGCAAAUAUUCCAGGCACAGUGGAAUGCCGAAUUCAAAAUUUGCAUUGAGUAUUCUGGUAGCAGUGCUUCAGUCGAGACCUUUGGCUGCCCAGAGCCCCCUCCAAUGACGGCUCUCCAUAUCGAAAACGUUCGUAAACAGAUGGACGCCGAAGAAGAGACAUCUGCGACCGGGAAUAGAUCGUCUGGCACCAAGGCCAAGGAGGCAGAUACUCUCAAAACUGGGGGCAAAGGAAGCAAGGUAUCUUAG